GUUCGCCGCGUCCACAGCAAAGGGUUAAACGAUGCCGAGCUAUCUUUGUUCCAUGAAGAACCAACAUGAGGGGAAUGCUGAGGUGCCGUCUUAUAAUAGAAACCUGCGUGGCUUUUUGACUGUCUCACCAUGUCCGCCAGGCCGACUCAUCCUUUCUCUUUUCCUCUGUCUUGUGGUUGAGUCAGCAGCACAAUCACCACCGCCGUUGAACGCCGUCGCUGCUGGUUGCCGUUACAUGCCCGCGGGUCCGGUCCGUUCCCCGCGCAUAUCAUGGUUUUGUUUACUGUUGCCGGGUUGCUUCUUGUUCUCGGUGGCCUCGGAGAGACAGCGGCGUUGGUGCUGUCCCGGUGGCAGGAACCCCAUUCUAAUGUCACGACGGCAACGCUGGACCCGCGAUCAUUUGGGAUAGCCGUCCUCAGCUCGAGGCUUAACACCAUAUAUCUGAGCGGGGACCCUCGAAAAUCUCGGACGGCUGAUUUCGGUUUCGACUUUCGGAUCUAUGGCCAGGUGUGGGCGCCUUGUCCGGUCACGAUUGCCGACGCGCGGGAAUGUAUGGUGGAGAGCUGUGUCGAUAACCUUCUCUGCCCCGAUGGAUGCGGGUUUACUGAUGGAACCUUGUCUACCCUUAGCUGCACCCGGACCAACCAAUUCUGCUCGACGGCUUACCUGACCAUCGAAAAAGCGGCAGUAGAUCCAGUGACGAACUACGCCUGCGCCGAUGAUCAGAGCGAAAACUUUUAUAAGGGCUUUACAACAGACCCGCCACUGGAGGAUUUGACAACAUCGGCGCCGACGACAACCACCACGGGCCCCGAUGCAGCAACAACAGGAGGAUCAAAUCAGUCCAGCACCCCGAGAAGUACCGAACCACCAUCGGGCAGCCAAACAUCAGGGCCGGCGGCAGGUCCCGACGCAGGGUCCAACAGCUCCGGCCCCGCCAACAACACAGGGGCCAUCAUCGGCGGGGUGGCUGGCUGCCUCGCACUCGUCUGCGGAUUCGCCCUCGCCGGGGUCUGGCUCAUACGGCGGAACAAGAACGCAAACGCCAACGCGCGCUCUUCGUCUUCCGGCACCAGCGACGGGGCGUCAUUCGACGGGAAACCGGAGAUGGAAGCGCACGAACGAGUCCGCGCAGAGCUGUUCGGACAGAGCUUGUCGGAAAUGUCCUCGAGAGGACCGGCUGCUUAUGACACGUCGACCUACCGUGCCGAUGACCACGCCAUGACGCCGGUGGAACUUCCGACUAAUGCACGGGCCGGUUGGGUGUGACGUUGGAAGAUGUCUCAAAUAUUCCGUCAGCCUGUGUUGGGGGUGAAAGUGGGUGAAAGUGGAUGAAAGUGGGUGAAAGUGGAUGAAAGUGGG